GAAUGCCCAAAAUCCUGGGGAAUAUUCCACUUUCCCUAUACAUUACAUUACAUACACGCCGGAGCGGCAUUUCUUUCGUCCUCUCCAAACCGUGUAAAUAAACGGGAACCUUCUAUCCUCCCCCUUUUGGGUUCGGUCCUCCUCCGUCCGUCGCCGUCGUCAAACCUCAAGCGCGACGUGUGUAAACGGCCCGCGCCUUCGGCAGACGCCAACAACAGACUCAGACUAUACUCGCAGCAGAAAGGUUAGUUAGCUGAGCUCCGCGGGGGGUCGAACCGAGACUCUUCGUCGCGCGCGCCGCAGGGCCAGCCCAGCAGGCGGCGGACGCGAAAGCUUGCUCAGCUCUGUGUUCACCGGCGGCACGGGCCGUCCCGGCGAUGGAAUCCUUCGGUGUCCCUCCUGCGCCCGUGGCGGCGCCGGAGAAGAGGAAGAAGCCGCUCGACCUCAAGGACCCCGUCCCCGCCGCCGCCGCCGCCGCCGCCAACGGCGGCGGCGCCACCAAGGCGUCCCCAGCGGCGAAGUGGGCGGAGAAGAAGAAGCUGGUGGGCGGCGACGCCGGCUACGUGCUCGAGGACGUGCCGCACCUCACGGAUUACCUGCCCCAGCUCCCGACAUACCCGAACCCCCUCCAAGACAACCCGGCGUAUUCAGUCGUCAAGCAGUACUUCGUCAACCCAGACGACACCGUCACGCAGAAGAUCGUUGUUCACAAGACCAGCGCCAGGGGCACCCACUUCCGGCGCGCCGGGCCACGGCAGCGGGUGUACUUCCAGCCCGACGAGGUGAACGCCGCCAUCGUCACCUGCGGCGGGCUCUGCCCCGGCUUGAACACCGUCAUCCGUGAGCUUGUCUGCGGCCUGUAUGACAUGUACGGCGUCACCAGUGUCGUUGGCAUAGAGGGUGGAUACAAGGGUUUCUAUUCCAAAAACACGGUCGCGUUGACACCGAGAUCAGUGAACGGCAUCCACAAGAGAGGCGGGACGGUCCUGGGAACGUCGAGAGGAGGGCAUGACACUGCCAAGAUUGUUGACUGUCUUCAGGACCGUGGUAUUAACCAGGUCUAUAUUAUCGGCGGCGACGGUACUCAGAAAGGCGCCUCUGUGAUUUACGAGGAAGUCCGUAGACGGGGCCUCAAAUGCGCUGUGGUCGGCGUCCCAAAGACCAUCGAUAAUGACAUCGCGGUGAUCGACAAGUCGUUCGGAUUUGACACUGCCGUGGAGGAGGCCCAGAGGGCCAUCAACGCUGCUCAUGUCGAGGCUGAGAGUGCAGAGAACGGCAUCGGUGUCGUGAAGCUGAUGGGUCGCAACAGCGGUUUCAUUGCCAUGUACGCUACUCUAGCUAGCCGCGACGUGGACUGUUGCUUAAUCCCGGAGUCGCCCUUCUACCUUGAAGGGAAGGGAGGGCUCCUUGAGUUUGUCGAGAGACGGCUCAAGGACAACGGACACAUGGUCAUCGUGGUGGCCGAGGGUGCUGGACAGGAUCUCAUCGCGAAAAGCAUGAAUUCCGUGGACACCCAGGAUGCUUCGGGAAAUAAGCUGCUUCUGGAUGUUGGCCUCUGGCUAUCCCAGAAGAUAAAGGAUCAUUUCAAGAAGAAGCCCCGUUUCCCGAUAACUCUCAAGUACAUCGACCCGACUUACAUGAUCCGCGCCGUCAGUUCAAACGCUUCCGACAACGUCUACUGCACUCUGCUAGCCCACAGCGCGCUCCAUGGCGCCAUGGCGGGGUACACCGGCUUCAUCGUCGCUCCGGUCAAUGGCAGACACGCCUACAUCCCGUUCUAUAGGAUCACCGAGAAGCAGAACAAGGUGGUGAUCACGGACCGGAUGUGGGCGAGGGUGCUGUGCUCGACGAACCAGCCCUGCUUCCUGAGCCACGAGGACGUGGAGAACAUGAAGCACGACGACGACGAGCACCACCUGCACAACACGCUGCUCCUGGACUCGCCGGAAAACUCGUCCAAAUGAAAUGGGGCACAAGACUUGUUUUGCUUUUUUGGGUGCUGGCGUUGUAGAGAUUAGCGACCGCUAUAUGAUAGGGUUGGAUAAUGUGAGCAUUUUGUAAUAAUAUAAGCUUCCUGAAGU